AUGGCACGCGCGCGGGCCGUGAUGGAUGGAACAACGAAAGCCCGUGACAAUCAGAUAGAGAAUGUCGAAAGGAAGCUUGGGGCCACCAAAACGAAGGGAGAAAAGACUGGUCGAGGACGAAUCCUCUUUGGAGGGGUAUGGUAUCGAGGACAUGAUCUCAAUGAAUAUCACAAGUUUAUUCGUCCAAUGCCGAUUGAUCAGUCAAUACAAGGAAAGAAAAAACACCCUUCACAACGUUUCUGGCCGUCUUGUAACUCACAUCCACCGCUUUCGCCCAUCAACCGUACGCUGUCUUAUAACGUCGUAGAUUUAGGAAAAUGGGCUCCAUAUUCGUCCAGCGUCGUCUACCAUCUGGCUGCUAAGCGG